AUGUGGGCAGUGGCUCGCAUGCGAAAAAAUGCUCCAAGACGACCCAUUGCAUCUACGACUGCUGAAAAUAAAAGUGCACACUACUCUCCGAUCACGCUAACAUCGCCCUUAGUGAUUGAGGAGUCUCAUCGAGCUUCUCACCACAAUCUCGAGGCCCCUUUCUCCACGCUGGAGGUCGAAAGAGCCCGUAGAGAAUCUACACCUUCAACGAGCAAAAUAGACGAACCCGCCAAGAUUCCGGCGGUGUGCAAGCAAUGCAAGUCUAAAGGAAUGACUUGCAUGCGAUCAUGUCCCAGAGCUAAAAAAAAUGUUAACACUGCUAGCAAUACGGACUGAAGUUACGCGA